AUGCCGCGCCUAUACCACCGUACGCAGCUUGGUCUGCCGAUCAAGAGAGCGAUUUGCGAGCACCACGUCGAAAACCCUCAUCUGCGCCAUGUUGACCUCGCCCGGUGGUGCUUCACCAGGUUCGGAAUCCGCCCCGACCGCUGCACUAUUGGUCGCGUUCUUAAGGGCGCCGACCGUUGGGUGCGCCCUGAUGCCGACGCCGGCAACAUUCGCGUCCGUGGGGGAGCUUACCCGGUGCUCGAGCGCGCCAUGGCCCGGUGGAUUGCCAAUGCGGGACCCGCUGGAGUCCCGCUCACUCUCGCCACCAUUCGCGACCACAUCGCGAAUAUGGCACAGGCGAACGGUGCCCCGUCUACAUUUCGCUGCUCCAUCGGCUGGGUUUGUCGCGCGCUGCGCCGUCAGGGCGUUCGGUGCAUGAGCGCGGUCGGCAAGGCGGCCGACCAGGAUAUGAAUGCUCUACGAACGACCAAAGAGAAGUUGCCGCAGCUGUUGAUGCACCUGGCCGUGACUCCCGCCAACCCUUUUAAUUUUGAUGAAACGGCACUGUACAUUUCGAUCCUAGCGCGGAAGACCUACGGGAGCGUGCGCACGGCCGGCCGCAAAAUCGCCAAGCAGCGCAUGACCGUCGGCUUCCUUGUCAACGACGACGGUACCCGAGUCUUCAAGCCCCUAGUCAUCUCUAAGUCUAAGCGACCCCACGACUUCCGCCCCGAUUACAACCCCGAGGAGUACUGCUACUGGCGCCACAAUGCCAAGGGGUGGAUGACUAGCAAUUUGUUCAAACAUUUCAUCGAGCAACUCGACACUGCUAUGUACGUCGAGGGCAAGAAGAUAGUGGUGCUUCUGGACAAUGCAAGCAGCCGCACCCUCAAGACCGAAGGCGCAACCAGGGAGGACAUGUUCGGCUUUUGCACGGUGGCGCUCGGGAAAGUUCUGCUCGUGUACCUGCCGCCGAACACGACCUACUUCACCCAGCCCCUUGACCAGGGGCUUAUUUCCAUGGCGAAGGCGCGGUACCGCCAGCACUGGCUCCGCGCCUUCACCGGCAUGUGGACGGCCGAUGGUGCCACAUCUGCGGUGGCUCCCUUCAAGCCCAACAUGCGGGCUGUGGUUGAGUGGUUGAACGACGCGUGGAUGAACCUUCCCCCACGCGCCAUCCAGCGCUGUUGGUGGCGCACAGGAUGCCUCCCGCGCGUCUGGGCCCUCUCACUCCCUCACGUGGAAACCGGCCCCCGCAACAACGGCGGCACGGUGGUUGAUGGAGCGGAUGGGACCGAGAUCGGCCUGGAUGAGGAGGUCAACGACGUUGGCCUCCUCAUCGACUGGCUCUGCCUCGAUCCAAGCGCGAUGGCAGCCGAGGCUUUUGUAGGGAUUGAUGACAAUCAGCCCACGUGCGCCGAACCCGGCGAGGAUCCGCUUGCGAGGGAGCCGUUGCCCCGCGAUGCUGCUGUAAUGUGGGAGGCGCCGUCAAACAUGCAGCACGUGUACCACGAUAGCAACCCCGCAUUCGCGAGGCUCGUCGCACCGCGCGCGCGGCGUGCGAGAUGUUGA